AGCAAUUAUGUCUCGAGUAUUCAUCAGAGACACGUGCGAGUCAUGCGUUGCCCGCACACACUUUUGUAAAAUUACAGAUCAAACUAAACUGACACAAUCUCUCUCUCGGCCUCCACAAGAUUCUUUCAAGACAGGGGCUGAGAGCGUCUUCCCCACGCGCCGCUUCUAUCGACCGGCCAUUCCUCCUCCACGCUCCCUUUCUCUGUGUAGUUGCAAGGAGAAGGCCUGACUAUAAAGCUUGACCCUUGAACACCUGUGGGCUGAAGAUUGUCCUUGUUUUUUUUCCUUCCAUUUUUGUUAAAAUGGUGGAUUUUACAAACCCUUCAAGCAGUAAAAUUUCCUCUGAUCAGGAACACCAAGAGGCUGUCAUUCCCAAGGAUGAAAUUUUAGAUUUUGACUUUCCAUCUCAAACUGCCUUCCCCACGCAUUUUGGGGAGAAUGUUGCAAGUUCGUCUGGAAGCAAUGCACGAUCGUCCCUCAUUGGGAUGGGAUUCCGACCAUCUCUUGUUGACGAAGUGAUUUUGGAGAAGGGAGAAGACGAUGUUGAAUUGCUAUUGGACACACUCUUUGCUUAUUCAGAUCCUCAGAAAGCAAACUCUGCAUCUUCAGAUUCUUUGGAUAGUUUAUUUGGUGACAAAGUUGUAAGCAGUCCACCAGAAGUAUCCACUUUCUUUCAGCCGAAAGAGGAGCCUGACUUACCCAUUGGAGUCGCUGAAGAAAAAACAGCUUCCUUAUUGAUGAUGAAAUUUUCUGUAGAUGAAGUUAAAUUUGCAAUGAAUAAGCUCGGUCCAGAUACCCCGAUUGAUGAAAUAGUGGACUUCAUUGCUGCUGCCCAGAUAGCUGAGAAGUUUGAUGAGGAAAAUGAUGAUACAGAUCAUCAAAGAGAAGAGAAAAAUGAGGAUUUAAAUAACGAAACUUUGUUUGGCACUAUGGAUAAAACACUUUAUUUGCUUGAGAUGGGUUUCUCUGAGACUGAAGUUUCUUGGGCAAUCGAAAAGUUUGGUCCUGGAGUGCCAAUCUCAGAGCUUGCGGAUUCAAUUUUUUCUGGUCAGAGUGCUGAUGGCUGUUUUAGAGAAGAUAAGCCCAUGAUUACUACUGGUGCAAAUGGUUUAUUCACCACAAUCAAUGACCGCACUUCUGCUUUGGCGAGAAAUCCUGCACUUGGCUCGACAAGAGUGAAAACAGAGGCUUCUUCUUCAUAUGCAAUUUCUCAACAGAUGAAUGCUAAUGUAGACAGAGGCUUGGUGGGGAAGAGACCUAAACAAGAGCAGCUAGAUGGUUGUUUUGAUACUGUUCCUCAGUUCAGGCGAACAGAAUAUAAUGAAAGUCAUAGAGGGAAAAGGCCAAAACAAGAGUAUGAUGAUGAUUUCAGUACUUUCCUUGGCCCAACCUGGCAUGAAGAAAAAGUUGACCAUGACUUCACCAAUCAGGCAAUGCCUAACCCCAGUCCACGUAGGAUUCUAAAUGGAGUGGUGGCUAAAUCUCCAUAUUUCUUGUAUGCAAAUCUUGGGAAUUUAUCUCACGACUCUUGGGUAAAAAUCUCGAAGUUCCUGUACAACUUGGAGCCUGAAUUUGUAAAUACGCAUUUUUUCUCGGCUUUGAGUAGGAAAGAAGGCUACAUACACAAUCUCCCAACUGAAGACAGAUUUCACAUCCUUCCGAAGCCACCAAUGACCAUACAAGAGGCAAUACCAGAUACAAAGAAAUGGUGGCCUGACUGGGAUUCACGCAAACAAUUGAACUGCAUCAGCUCUGAAGUUAAUGGUGUAUCUAUGCUGUGUGAUAGACUUAGAAAUACACUCGCCAACUCUAAUGGAAUGCUCCCAUUUGAGCAACAAAGGAACAUGCUUCAUCAGUGUCGAUCAUUAAAUCUCAUGUGGGUUGGCCAUAACAAGUUGGGACCUAUCAGUCCUGAGUGUUUAGAAAGUAUUUUAGGUUACCCUUCGAAUCACACUCAAGCAUAUAGUAGUUUAAUGGAAAGAUUUCAAUCAUUGAAAUAUUGCUUUCAGACAGAUACUUUGGGAUACCACCUGUCUGUUUUGAAGGCGAUGUACCCAGAAGGCUUAACAGUGUUGUCUAUUUUCAGUGGAAUUGGUGGGGCAGAAAUUGCUUUGCACCGGCUUGGCAUUCGUUUAAAAAGUGUUGUAUCUGUUGAGACUUCUGAAACUAAAAGAAGGGUUCUCAAGAAUUGGUGGCAGAGAACUGGACAACGUGGUGAGUUGAUGCAAGUUCAAGAUAUUCAGAGGCUAACAAGUAGCAGGCUUUCAAGUAUGUUUGAUAAAUUUGGUGGUUUUGACUUUGUCAUUUGUCAAAACCCAUGCACUCAAUCUUCAGGUUCAAAAGCCGCCAUUGAUGGCGACACUAUCACCGGAUUCGACUUCUCGCUGUUCUGUGAGUAUGUUCGGAUUCUCCAAUGUGUAAGGACUGUGCUUGAUAAGAAGAGGUGACCAACUUAGUUCUGUAUCAUGAAUUGUGUCAGUCUAUUUGUUUUAAUGAGAAAGCAAAUUAGUAUUUAUUUGCUUAGGCCUUGUGGUAUUGGAAAAGUAAAGGGUUAAAGAGGCAUAUAUAAAACUUUUUUUGGGAGGCUUUGUUGUCCCCAAACUUUCUGUCCUGCCACAUUGGUCUUUUUUUUUUCUUUUUUUUUUUUUUUAUAGAAGAAAUCUAAUUAGUAUUUCA